AUGGUGCCAUUGCGACCGAGACUCUUCGAGACGCAGCAGCUUGCAGCAGCAGCAGGCUCCCCAGGCCGCCAGGAUGAAGCAAGCUCGGAGACGCCGAGCCCCGGCUACGACUACAGCCCCACGGAGGUUGCAUACCUCAGAACGGAGAAGCCCGUGCGAGGGGUUCUCCAAGUGCACAAGGUGCCUGAGCAAGCUCGUUUGCAAGGCUAUAGAUAUCUGCUGCGGGCAGAAGAAAUCUGGAGCAUGACGAAGCGAGCUCAGUAUUUCACCAAUUGGUGCACAAAGCUGCAGGACGGUCUUGGCCUCGAUGUGGCGGAGGCAUGGAAAGUGGACGUGGAUGUUCACAUGGUUCGCAAGGCUUCUUACAAAGGCCGUCUGAAGAUAUCCCGGGGAUAUGUGACUCUGGAAAGCUGGCGAAACUUCCUGGACUUCGCUGGCUUGCAACAUAGGUGGCAAACUUGCAAACUCCUGGCGAAGGAGGAGCAAGAUGUCGACACAGGCAUCCCCCUGGGGACCGCUGCCUGGUUUAUUCUUCGGCAACCUCAUCAGGAGAUUCUUGAGGCAGCAGAAAGGCAGAUGCCGUCGAUCCUGGCGGAUGAAAUACCUCCGCUGCAAGCUGAUCAUACAUUCCAUCCAUCAACGAAGGAUGGCCGCAAGCUCCGGGGCGAUUGCAAGCCUCGGGCCGAGCUUGCAAUUGAUAGGACGACGUCCGAUUUCAUGUGUAGAUACAGCCGCAGGGCCGAGCUCGCCAUCAAGCAGGCCCUCGACAACAUGGACAUAAAGUCUUUGGCUGUCCUUUGUGAUGCCUCGCCCAAAGCCAAGAUGGUUUGGCUUCCAGUCUUCGCCGUCCCCGGUUUGGUCUCGAUGGGCACCCUGCAGCGGCUCUCCACGCAAGAGCUGAAGGCCCUCGCGAACGUGCUCUCACACGUCAACAUAAGUUUGGACGACUGCUUCCCCACGCUCCCGCUGCUUCCGGCAAAGGAGACGGAAACUCGUGUCAUCCACAAGCAGGACUCCGCAAGCUUGGCCUACCUGCACGACCGCGAGACCGGGCAGAGCAGAUGGGACGUCCCCAUCAAAACGGACCACCUGAGACUCGUCCUUUGCCCCGACCAAGGAGGAAUGACUACUUUGUGUGGCUGGCUCUUCCGGGCGAAGAAGUCUCCUUGGAACACCUCCGGAUUUGGCUGCACCCUCGCCGAGGCCAAGCCCGACGAUGUGCUCAUGGAAAUGUUCCAGCAAGACAUCCUCAAAGAGAACGAUAUGGAGAUGACUUCAGACAGCCAGCUGAACUUCAGCAGGGUGAUGGAUAUCCUGGGCACAGUGUGCAAAUGGUGUUCGUGGGCCCACACGUCCCAAAGGUUUCAGAUGACGGCGAGUUUGCUCCUCAUCCUCUGGGCGGCUAUGGAGGUCGGAAAGAAUCCUUUCAAGAUCCUGGAGAAUGAAGCCGCCGGGAACCAAAAGUCCUUCGACAAAACCGUCGACCUUUGUGUCAAGGCACUGACGAAUGAGGAGAGCUUCGGGAUCUUCCGGCUCGCCCGCAACGUGCUGCAGCCCUUCAGAGAGACGUGUUUGGAACUGGUCCUCAGACUCAAGUUUCGAAGAUGCUCCACGUACGAGAGCAUUCUGAAGGAAGGUCUUGGGCUCUACCUUUCGACAGUGCACGAAAUGAUGCAGUACACUUUGUACUUGAGAAGUGCCCCGCACUGUGCAGCGGCUCUCGUGUCGGGGCAAGAAGCAGACGAUGGCCAGACGAAGCAAAACAUUCUGAAAAGGAUGAAAACAGAGUGGGAAGUCGUGCUGCAGAUGGAGUCAAGGCCGGCAUCCGCUGUCAUUUUGACAGCGAGCUGCCACCACACGCGAUACCAACACUACCGCGAGGUGAUGUCUUGCUUGGAAAAGCACGACUAUGUCAUGACAGCUGAAUGCAAGCUUUUGCUAUCGGCCUGGAACCCCUCUUUCUGCCAAAGUGCUUCCCUUGAGAGCAUGUUUGGAGAAAUGAGUGACGCCGUCAAGCGGGCGGGGCGAGCUGACUGUGGAAGUCUACCGAACCUGCACGCCGUGGGGGUGCGAAGCUUGUUCCGUCGAGUAUGCAAGCAUGAUGGCAGCCCGAAGGCCUUGGAGCUUCAGAAAGACGCUGUGCGGCUGAAGCAACUCCCGUACAAGUUUGCCGGCCCUUUGCCGGAGCAGCAAGCCGACGAGACGCGGGUUCCUUGCAAAAGCCGAGAUGAGUGGUGGGACCCGCUGGUUCAAGGGAUGACCACACCGGCCCUCACCCUCGACAUCGGCAGGGCCUUGAUCCAUCAGCUUCGCUUUGACUAUGACGAUGUGGUCUUGUAUGGAUACAGCCUGCACGUGUGCGACAAGGCCUUGGAGGACAAGUGCGGGUCAAGCCUCCUUUUCCGAAGGGGGUUCCAGGAGUUUAGCCUGCUGUGCUAUCUUGUGCAAAGCCAAGAGAUCCUGCAGACUUCAAAUGCAUCGCUCACUGAGCUGCUACACAAGAGCGAUGUUCAGAUGGCGAAGAACAGCACGAAGAAUCAAAAGAUCAGGCGGCUGCUGUCGCUGGAGUCGGUGAAGCAGGCAUGCGGCGAGGAAAGGCUGCAGAAGCUUUUCGCGAAGCUGGACGAGCAAGAUGCGAAAAGAAAGAGAAAGGAGAACAAGGAGGAGGAGCAGCAGCAGCCUGAGGGCGACAUCGACUGGGAAGAGCUCCAGGAUGAUCCUGCUACGGCAGCUUGCAGACAGCUCUUGUCGAGACUCGAUGAGGAAGAGGAUGCCGCGGGCUUGAGCGAGGAUGCCGAGGCAAGGCCUCGGGAUGUUGACAUGGAAGAUGCCAACCGAGCAUCGCGAGCCUUCUUGUCGAGUUCUACAAUGUCUCUUCCGGAGAAGCUCGUUGCGGAAAUGCCAAUCCCGGACGGCUGUGCUAUGCAUUGCACAGUUCAUUGCGACCAUACGCUUCCGCACUUUCAAGGGCGACUGCUCAACAACCAGUGCUACGAAGGGAAGUGA